UGCCAGAAAUAACCAUUUUCCACUCACACGUUAACGACGAACGCUGCCGAGCGGUUGCCUUUUUCCGCUGCUGUUGUGCCGUGUGUGUAAGAGUGCGCGCGGGUGUGUGGGAGUCCCAGUGGCCAGGAUCCACCGUUAUUUUGUGCAGUGAAAACAAUUGCAAGUGUGCAAUGGCAAUCCGUUUCUAGACCACAACUCGCCACGCUGCCCUCGCUCCAAAAUCAGCAAUCAAACCCCAUCGCUUGGACCGAGGUUCGCUCGAUAGGCAAACGCAAACGAAAACGAAACCGAAAACGACGAAAAAAACGCGAUGCGAAUUAAAGCUUUGCGUGGCAAAAUGCGCUAACCGAAGCAACAAAACAAACCAACCAUCCUAAAAAAAAAAAUAUAUAUAUAAUAUAAAUAUAUAUAUGUGUGAAAAGCAGCACGUGAAGAAAGAAAAAUCCCGAAGAGCUGAAGAAAAUUGCGUAGAAAAUAAAUAAUAGAAAAAAGCAAAGAGAAAUACGAAUUUCGUUGGCCGAAAAGUAAAAACGAUUAUCAUCCAAACGAGUGUGAGUGAGUCAGUGAGUGCGAGUGAGUGAGUGUGUGCGGAUCCGGGUGCGGGUGCUAGCUAGCCCUAUAAAUAACACUGGGUCUGGCCGAGCGCUAAUUACGGCAAAACAUGAAAAUCUUGGCGAAAACCGCAGCAACAACAAGUGAGGCCAAGGCGGCAAUUAAUCAAUUUUCCGCUUGACCUAUAAGGAAGUUUCCAUAUCAUAAUUAAAAGAAAACCCAGAAAACGAACGGAUACAAUCGCACGAAAGUAAGAGUAAAAGCUCAACCCAACGAAACAUAUGGCAUAUCCUUGAGUUACACAAAAAAGUUAAGCAAAAACUGUAAAAACAAAUUAAAUAUGUAUUAAAAUCAAUGAAAUUGGCUCGAAAGGACUGUGAAAGUUUCCAUAUCAGCACAAGACACAUCAAUUAAAAUAAAUCACAAGCUCCGUUUUAAGAUCCAGCAAUAGAACGGAAAAUAAAUCUAUGAAACUCUGUGUAAAUUACAAAAUAUAUCAUAUCAUAAACAGUAGAACUGAAAGACCCAUGACAUUGCUAAUUCAAAACAAACUCUGGGCCUUAGCCUAGAACGCUCAACCAAAAGACUUUAAAAGACAACCAGGAAAAUGUAUAUCAGGGGAUUGGCUUUCCUGGUCCUCAGCCUGCAAGCUGGAAUCAUCCUGGGCAAUCGCUACAACCAGCUGCAUCUGUACGCGAACGGAGGAGCAGGCAGUUCCUCGUCAUCCAGCCCCGGGAGCUAUAGGUCCUCCCCCGCGUCCCAGAACGAAGUCUACUCCAUAGCGGACAGUCAGCCAAUGACGGAGGACGGCUAUAUGCCCCCCAGCCAGCACUUUCCCCCCGCCCACUCCGACCUGGAUCCGCCCGCCCAGCAGCAGAGCACCUGCCAAACGGUAUGCGCCUGCAAAUGGAAGGGCGGCAAGCAGACCGUGGAGUGCAUCGAUCGCCAUCUGAUCCAGAUUCCCGAGCACAUCGAUCCCAACACCCAGGUGCUGGACAUGUCCGGGAACAAGUUGCAGACCCUGUCCAACGAGCAGUUCAUACGUGCCAAUCUGCUCAACCUGCAGAAGCUGUAUCUGCGGAACUGCAAGAUUGGCGAGAUCGAGCGGGAGACCUUCAAGGGGCUGACCAACCUGGUGGAGCUGGAUUUGUCGCACAAUCUGCUGGUAACGGUGCCCAGUUUGGCCCUCGGCUACAUUUCCUCGCUGCGGGAACUCACCCUGGCCUCCAAUCACAUACACAAAAUCGAGGGCCAGGCCUUCGGCAACACACCAUCGUUGCACAAAUUGGAUCUGUCGCAUUGCGAUAUCCAGACCAUUUCCGCUCAGGCCUUCGGUGGCCUCCAAGGACUGACGUUGCUCCGCUUGAACGGGAACAAACUGAGCGAGCUUCUGCCCAAGACCAUCGAGACCUUGAGUCGCCUGCAUGGCAUCGAACUGCACGAUAAUCCCUGGCUCUGCGACUGCCGCCUGAGGGACACGAAACUCUGGCUGAUGCAGCGGAAUAUACCGUAUCCCGUGGCUCCCGUUUGCUCGGGCGGUCCCGAAAGGAUAAUCGAUCGCAGCUUUGCCGAUCUUCAUGUGGACGAGUUCGCCUGCCGACCCGAGAUGCUGCCCAUUUCGCACUACGUUGAGACCGCCAUGGGGGAGAACGCCUCGAUCACAUGUCGGGCCAGAGCGGUGCCAGCUGCGAACAUCAAUUGGUACUGGAACGGACGGCUGCUGGCCAACAACUCUGCCUUCACGGCCUACCAAAGGGUGCACAUGUUCGAGCAGGUGGAGGGAGGAUUCGAGAAGAGGUCGAGGCUCGUGCUGACCAACGCCCAGGAGACGGACUCCAGCGAGUUCUAUUGUGUGGCCGAGAACCGAGCGGGAAUGGCCGAGGCCAACUUCACCCUCCACGUGAGCAUGCGAGCUGCGGGAAUGGCCUCCCUGGGUAGUGGCCAGAUCGUGGGCCUGAGUGCCGCCCUGGUGGCCCUGAUUAUCUUCGCCCUGGGGGUCAUCAUGUGCCUGCUGCUGCGGGUCAAACGGCAGCCGUAUGUCGACAGCAAGACCCCCAACCACAUGGAGGUGAUCACAUCGGUCAACCACCAGAACUCCAUCACGAACAAGACGCAGCCGGCCACGGGGAAUGGCAGCAUUGGAGGCGUGGUCAUUGCCAACGGAGCUGUGGCCAACAUAAUCGAUGGCGGCGUGGUGCAAGGAGGCAGUCUGGAGCGGAAGAGCAGCGGACGAGGAGUAUCCCAUGCGGGGCACGACCAGCGCAGUGCGAAUCCCGUGCAGAAACCGCCGAGGCUAACCGAUCUGCCCUACUCCACGCAGGGAUACGACAACAACGGAAGUGUCCUGUCGACUGCCUCUUGCUUUAUAUCCCCGACCGGAUCCACUGGUAAUGGUGGCAACAAUCCCGAUCUCAUCAAUGACACCAAGCGCUUUGGGAGCGAUGAGUUCGCUGAUCUCAAGAUCCCGCCCAUCAGUGGCGUUGGAGUGGGCGGAAGUGGGGAGUACAGUCGCGCCAACGGCUGCGACUCCCUGUAUCCCUCGGGUCUGUGGGAGCACGGUGCCCCAGUGGGCGCCACGUCUGCGGAUGACCUCUUCAUGAAGCGCUAUACGGACAAGACGCCCAUCAUCGAUUCCGCGCAGCUGUAUGACUUGCACGAGCGCACGGCGGCCACGGACUAUUUCAGCAAGACCUUUCCAAGGUCACACCUCCAGCAGGGACUGACGGGUGGAGGAGGCGGAGGUGGAGGAGGAGGAGUAGGAGGAGGAACCUCCACAGCCUCGACUGUGACCACCAAUCUCUCGGGUGGCUCCUCGUCGGGCUACCCCAACGAUUACGGCCUGCCUUUGGUGCCGGGGGCAGAGCACCAGCACAACCACCAGCUGCAGAUGCACCCGCUGCAGCAGCUCCAGCAGCAGCUAACCUCCACGCUGAACCACCAGAAGCGGGAGGGCAGCUCCACCGGCAGCAGUCCGCACUUCAGCAGCCGCACACUGCCUCGACUGCACGAGGGAGGAAGUGGCAGUGGGAGCUCCCGCUGCUCGCCCACGCCAGCGGUCAACCACGCCCAGGCGAACGCCAGCGCCUCCAGUUCCUGCUCCAUACUGCCCAACGGGCAGCCCAUCAACGCCAAGACGAUACGGGUGUGGCAGAAGGGCGGUGUGCCCGUCCUGCCGCCCGUGACGGCCCUGAAAAGGGCCCUGAUCAGCAGCAGCCGCAACUCGCCGGACGAGGGAUACCAGGAAGGAUGUGGAACGGAUGUGUAAGCCCGCAGAGGCAGGGCAACCGGAAACCAAACCAAGAACUGACUAAACUUAACACAACAAAUAAGAUGGGGAGGUAGCUCUUUUAGGUAUAACACUCUUAGAUAGCUCCGAGGUCCUAGGCGAGCAGCGAUUAUUGUGCAAGCGAACUGUUUGUGAUAGUGUCUGACAAAAAAGAUAAUGCGAAUGAAGAUAAUAAUUGCCCAAAGCAAAGAGAAAGCUAAAACGAAAUCAACUGCACUACACUAAGGUACACUCUCCUUGGCAAGUAACUCAACUAACUAAACUAAACUAAACUUAACUAAACAUAAACGUAAACGUAAACUAAACUAAGAAAUGUACAGCAAACUUUAUUUGAAUACCAUGGCAAACUCUCAACUCCCCGCAUAACAUUUAAAAUACUCCAAAAAUAUACAUGUGUAUGGAAAAGCAACCAUGUGAAUGUAACUAAAUCUAUGUAUAAAAAUUAUAUAUUUCUAUGUAUGUGACUAUGUGUGUGCAUGUGUGUGUGUAAUUUCUUCGUUGUUCGGUCAAAAAGAAGUUAAAUGGAACCCAGAACCUCCCAAAGUUAUAAUCAUAAAUCAGAAAAAUUGUGGCUCAACAUUUGUAAAUUAUGCAUUCACAUAUAUAGUAAAAUGGUAAACUGCUAAAAGUUAUAUAAAUCAUUGUAACUGUAUAUAUUACAUAUCUCAUAAACAAAGAAAAUCAAUUCUGAAUCCGACUAUUGUUGAAAUCUUGUCCCGUUAGAAGCUGUGAAAUAAUGUAAAACUAAAGCAGGCUAAAGUCUAUCCAAAAGGAAAGCAGUAAAUCAGCGGUAUUUAGUAUUUUCUCAAUUUUGUUUUAGCCAUAACUUGUUAAAUUUAUGGCUUAAUUCAUUUCCAAUCUAAAUUCGGCCAUUAUAAUGUUUCUAUUCAUCAGCGUUUUCAGAAAAUUCAGAAAAGUUUAAAAAAUUGCAAUAUUUUUAACUUUAUUAACAGAACAAAACGGAUUUAUAUUUUCGAAAUUAUUUGUCAGUUUGUUUUUGUUGUUUUUUGGUUUGUUGUUUGUUUAAAACCGAUCAAAUGCGCCAUUUUACAUUUAGUUUUCAACAACUGCAGCUUUUCAUAAAUAGCCCUGAACUGAAUUUAUAGAAAAUAAUUGUUGGCCCAAUUCGAAUAUAAACGAAUAAUCAUGUAAUCAAACUAAGCCGGUUUACUCGAAAAUUUCUGAAGAAAUGUUGAUUUACUGCUAUCCAAAAAAUAUAUAAAUUUAACAAAACAAUAUCAAAUGUUGGUAAAUUUCCCAAUAAAAUUAGAAGAGAGCAUGCUAAAGAGGAAACGUUUAACAAAAUAAAGCCUGUCGGCGGGCGAAAAACAAAUAUAAAAAAACCAAUCGGAGGAAAUUCAAAGUAAAGACAGAGGGAAAAUAUUCGUCAAAUGCAUACGUAAAUAAGCAUAUGUAAAUUGUACUGAAAGUGCGCGCACACACACACUCGAAACACAUCACAUCACAAGCAAACACACACUCACGCAUACACAUAGGCAUGCACGUGUACAUGCAGACGUAUGUCAGUUUGUCCUUGUAACGAUUUAAAGCGUAUCCACAAGAUAUUAAUUGCCCGUAUGUGCUAAGACCUAGAGUUUAAGGAGGCGACAAAAACAAAACGCAGAAGAAAAACAAACAAAAUAAUAUUUUUAAGGUAAACCAAAGACUUUUUUCUUUGCCUCUAAAUGAGCGCAGUAGUCUUCAAAGGACUCCCAACAAACAGUAAGCACACACAUACACACACACACACACAGAUACAAAACACACACUUACACACAACCGAAAGUAAUCUUAAACGUGGAAAAAGAGCAAGAAAAAACCGUAGCAUUUAAGUUGAACUUAUGUAUUAUGUAUUGUAUAAUAUAAACCUACGUAUAGCAUAUAGUCUAUAGAUGUGUACACUUAUCAACAGAGCGGCAUAACAAGCUAUGGAGAAGGAGAGUGAGCGAGAGGGAGAGAUGGGUGAAAGUCAAGAGGGAGGGAGAGGGGAGUAGAGAGCCCGCAGACAAAAGGCGGCAUUGAAUGCAUGAAAGCAACUGAAUGAACAACAAAGCAAAAAGGAAAUAUAUAUAACAUUAUAUAUAUCUAUAUAUAAACGAAAAACAUAAA